AAUGUAGGUCUCAGUUUAGUGAAGCAAGCAGCAACAGGUCCAGAUCCUGAGUGCCGGCUUGUAGAGGAAACUGCAGCGGUGAGUGUGUGGACAAAAGGAGCGAGAUCAGGACAAAGAGAGACAAUCUGUGUUUCAUGGAGAGAGGCAGCGUCCAAGAAAGCAGACAAUCAGAUUCACACUGAUAGGAGUGAGUGAGCAGCAGAGAGCAUUAUUAUUUUUAUUUUUUUUACCAUGGAGGCUGUGCAUUUGCUGGACAACUGGAGAAAGGAUCUUCAUGUGUCUCAGGCAGCUGUGGACGACUUAGUGGACAUGGACCGCCUGAACAGGAACAUCAUGCCGGAGUGUGGACGGCAAACGCACCAGGUGUUAACGAGUACACCGUUGGACCUGAUUGAGACCGGAAAGGGGCUGAAGUUCCAGGCAGAGCGCCCUCACUUGGUCAGCCUCGGAAGUGGACGACUGAGUACAGCCAUCACCUUGCUGCCGCUUCCAGAAGGUCCGACCACACUGGGUCAUGGUUCAAUGGACAUCAGCAUCCAGGGCCCUGGGGUCGCCGCCCAGCACUGUUACAUAGAGAACAGGUCUGGGAUCAUCACCCUGCACCCCUGUGGGAACCUCUGCUCAGUCGAUGGGCUCCAAGUCACAAAGCCAGUUCGCCUGUCACAAGGCUGUAUGCUGUGUUUUGGCCAGUCGGCCUUCUUCCGCUUCAACCACCCUGAAGAAGCUUUCAGGAUGAAGAGCAUGAUGCCCCACGGAGGAAGCGUCUCCACCGGGGACUACAGACUACGUGCAGACAAAGAGAGCUUGGUCAAUGGGAAUCACCAGGCCGGUCCAGCUCCUGGAGAGAGAGUCCAGUCUGAGCACAGUGCGAUCGUCAGCUCCAUUGAGAAGGACCUCCAGGACAUUAUGGACUCUCUAGUCAUGGACGACCCGCAGCCAUCCUCCUCAGAGGGCAUAAAGCCCCCAGGAGGACAGACCAUCCCCCACUCUCCCCUGUCCCCCAUGGUCAACGGAGGGGGCCGCUAUCUUCUCUCGCCUCCCACCAGCCCGGGGGCCAUGUCUGUGGGGUCCAGCUAUGAGAACAACUCCCCUCCUUUCUCGCCCCUUUCCUCCCCGUCAGCGGCCAGCAGUGGGAGCUUCACCAGCCCCUCUCCUGGUGGAGGACCCCAGGACCAGAGUUCCUCUCUGCCGCCAGUGCCUGUUCGCUCAUCUAGCUACAACUUCACCGCCCAGCCUCCGCCCGUUCCACAGCCACGGACCAUACUGCCCAACUUCAGCAGCGGGGGGCUGAAGGUUCAGGAGAGCCCCCGGCUGCAGAGGAAGGUCCUCACAGAGGCUCCUCCCAGCCCCAAGCCGAGCCGCCGAGGACUAAGCCAAGACGGGUCGGAGAGCCCUCGACAGACCCCUCUCCUGUCCUCCAGUGAGUCCCUCAGUAGUAGAAACGUUGUGCCGAGUAGCCCUAGACUCACUCCAAAAUUCGCCUCCUGCUCAUCCCCAUCCCCCUCCAGUCCCAGGACCAAGACCACCACAGUGCUCCAGGAGAGACCUGCCAGCCCCUUCAGAGAGCAGCCAAGUCUCGCUGACUGCAUGUUGUCCACCAGCCCCUCUUGGCAGCUUUCCCAACCUCCCACCAGAGCCUUCCAGCCCCCCCUGGACCCCAUCGUCCACAUCAUCCAAGGGUCGCCGCUCCAGCAGCAUCCACGUUCUCUGCAGCCCCUCGAGAGCCCCCGCAUGGCCAGGAGGAACCUGGAGCUGAAUGGCAGCAGCGGAGGGGGCAGCAGUAUGAGAGAGCUGCCGCCGCUUAGCCCCUCCCUGGCUCGAAGGGGGGUCCCGGUACUACCAGGGGCGCUCCCGGGGACAGUACCCACCAUGAGGACUCCCGACAGCCCCUCAGGUCUGAGCAAGUUUGUCCCAGAGAGUCCGAGGCUUCGACGCAAGUCCGGAUCUACACCCGAGGAGCAGAUGUGCAGCAGGGGGAUCCGAGCCCGCAGCCCCUCGCCCACCUCCAUGAUGAUGGAGGGUGGCGGGGGCCCGGGAGUCCGAAAGGCAAGCUUUGGGAAUUCCUUGUCGCCUGCUUACAGCCUGGGCUCCCUGCCUGGCUCGUCCCCCUUGUCAAGCCCCAGGAGCCACAGGAAGAUGUCAGCAGGGAGACCCCACCCCGGGAUGAGGGAGAGGAAGAACAGCAUCUCGGAAAUCAGCGACAACGAGGACGAGCUGCUGGAGUACCACCGACGGCAGAGAGAGGAGAGGCUCCGGGAGCAGGAGAUGGAGAGACUGGAGAGACAGCGACUGGAGACCAUCCUGAACCUCUGUGCUGAGUACAACAAAGGAGAGCCCGGCAGCCUGGACCCUCUCGGCUCGGGGAGGGCAGGUUUCCCGGGGGGGUUGACGGACGGUUUAGCUCGCAGACCGUCCCUGGAAAACAUCCUGGGAGGAACGCCGUCCUUGGUCUCGUUCCGCCUGGCGCAGAGACAGAGGGAGAGCGACGAGGAGAACCUGAAGGAGGAGUGUAGUAGCACAGAGAGCACUCAUCAGGAGGUGAGGACGUCUCCCGCUCCGAGCACAGCCUCAGCACUGCACAAUGGAGACAGACAGCAUGAGGACUCCACUUCAGGCAGCACAGGUCGCCUGGAGCUCGGCUACUUGGAAGACGAGCGGGUUCGCGUUCUUGCGCGGAUCGAUGAGUUCAAAACCCGGCUGACGGAGCUGGAGCAACAGCUGCAGGAGUCCAAACAAGAGGCAGAGAUGGAGCGCGCCUUGCUGCAGGGCGAGAGGCAGGCGGAGCUGGACCAGAUCGAGGCUGAGACGGACGUCAUCGCUCGGCUGCAGCACAAGCUGGACGAGCUGGAGAGCGCCAUCCAGAGGGAGAAAGACAAGGAGAGGGCUAAUGUUGAGGCUGAGCGGCGGGCCCUGCAGAGCCUCCAGGAGGGCUACGCUGAGCUGAAGAACCAGCUUCAUAAUUGUCCCGAGUCCCUGCGGGAACAGUUACAGGAACAGCUCAAAAGGGACGGAGAGGCUCUGGAAGCAGGCACCAAAAAGUUUGAGGAUCUGGAGUUUCAGCAGCUGGAGAGAGAGAGCAGCCUGGAGGAGGAGCGAGAAACCAUCACCCAGCAGCUGCUACAGGAGAGAGCCGAGUACCACGGCAGUGUGGCCAAGAGGAAGGAGAAGGUGUCUGCUCUGGAGAACCAGGCUAACCAGCUCGGCCUGCAGGCCACUCAGGAGUGCGAGCGGCUGGCCAGAGACAGAACCCUGACUCUGCAAAUGCUCCAGAAGGAGAAGGAGCGACUGUCAGCCUUAGAGAAGAGAUACCACAGCCUGACGGGCGGGAAAAGCUUCCCCAAGUCCUCCACUGCGAUGAGAGAGGCAGCGCUCCAUAUCAGCGAGGUCGACCUGUUGUUGGAGGAUAUCCACUCCUCCCAGCAUUCCCUCUGUCGAGCCUCUUCUUCCUACUUACACCCCUCCCCUACCUGUCAGUUGUACCCCAGCAGCCCUACGGAGGAGUAUGUGACAGUGGGCCAGUUAAGUCAGAUGUACGGGAUGCCAAAGCUGGAGUCGUCCCCUACGUCGCCGCUUCGCCAGCACCUGCAGUCUGGAGCAGUAGACCCCGCCUUCUCCUGCCUCCCCUCUCCUCACGGCUCCUCCCUCUCUCUCUCUGUGGAGUACCAGCCUGAAGGCAGCAGGUCUCACCUGCCUAAGCUAGAUUUAGAGCAGUGGUACCAGGAGCUGAUGGCUGGCUCCAGCCUGCUCUGUCCUCCCCCUCUGCCAGCCAAGUCUCUGUCGGGCCGCCGGCAUGUGCUGCAGGUGUUCCGCUCUAAAUUGGACAGUGACCCGGGUCUGUCUCUCCAUCAGCCUAAGUCUGGCUCUGUGUCCCCCCUGCAGCACGGAGCAGCCACACUGGGACGCAACUCAAGCUCCAAGAGCCCCCUGCUGUCAGCCAACAGCACCGGCAGUCUGCCCAGGAACCUGGCUGCGACCCUGCAGGACAUCGAGACCAAGAGACAGCUCGCUCUGCAGCAGAAAGAGCCCAUGACAUGUUCACAGACCACCAGAGAGGGAAGAUCAGCAGGUCAUCAGGUGAUCGAGGAGCAGCGUCGUCGUCUGGCCGAGCUCAAACAGCGAGCGGCGGCCGAGGCUCAGUGUCAGUGGGAUGCGCUCCACGGCUCUCAGUCCCACCUCAUGACCUCGUCCUCCUCGUCGCCCUCCUACUCGCCCAUCAUGUCCUACAGCCCCGCGCUGAGUCACAGCUCGGCUGGACCCCCGCCUCUGGUUCACCACUCCAUCCUGCACCACCAGCCCCCGUCAGCCGGAGAGCAGCCGUACGACACGCUGAGCCUGGAGAGCUCCGACAGCAUGGACACCAGCGUGUCCACCGGCAACAACUCGGCCUGCUCGCCAGAUAACAUGUCCAGUGUCGGAGGAGUCGACUCUCUGAAGAUCGAGGAGAUGGAGAAGAUGCUGAAGGAGGCGCAGCUGGAGAAAGCCAGACUUAUUGAAUCAAGGGAGCGAGAGAGCCUGGCUCGCCGUCAGAUGCUGGAGGAGGAGAGGAGGAGGAGGGAGGAGGCCGAGAAGAGACUGCAGGAUGAAACUUUCCACCGGCAGCAGCUCGUGGAGAGGGAGGUCAAGAUGAGGUCCAAGAACUUUUCUCAGGCUCGUCCGAUGACUCGCUAUCUGCCCAUCCGGAAGGAGGAGUUCGACCUGCGCUCCCACGUGGAGUCCUCGGGUCACAGCGUGGACACCUGCUACCACCUCAUCAUCACGGAGAAGAUGUGUAAGGGCUACCUGGUGAAGAUGGGAGGAAAGAUCAAGUCCUGGAAGAAACGCUGGUUCGUCUUCGACCGCCUCAAGAGGACCUUCUCCUACUAUGUCGACAAACAUGAGACCAAGCUGAAGGGUGUGAUCUACUUCCAGGCGAUAGAAGAGGUCUAUUACGACCACCUCCGCAGUGCCACAAAGAAGGGAUUUUUCAACUUGAAUAUCAGUAGCCCGAACCCCUCCCUGACCUUCUGUGUGAAGACCCAUGACCGGCUCUACUACAUGGUGGCUCCGUCAGCGGAGGCCAUGAGGAUCUGGAUGGAUGUGAUCGUCACAGGAGCGGAGGGAUACACACAGUUCAUGAACUGAGAGAGCCACGGACAGAACAGGUGACGAGGCAGAUCUCUCUCCUCACAGACUCUACAGGGCCACUUCCUGUUUCCAGUCCACAGCGGACACAACGCCUUCUUUGUUACGUUUUUAAUCUCACUCUUUGAUUUUGUAGAUGUUUUCACCUCCACAAUUUUCUACCUGAUUCUGUUCGGAUUGAAAAAGGGAGCCCUCGGAGGACACACACACACACACUUAGACACACCUGUAUAUAAACCAAAAUGUAUACCUGUCAAAGACUGUAAAAAAAAAAAGCCUUUCUAUAUUGCCAAAUGGAGAUCGUAUAGUUACUGUUUAUUGAAACUUUUGUAUUAUUUGUUUUCUUUCAGUUUUUUUACUUUUAGAGAAAAUUGCCAAAUGACAUAAAGCCAAUGUUUUGUUUGAGUGUUUCAUCAUGAGUAGACAGAAUAGUUUUAAAAGAGUCUUCAAUCGAGGGGUGUAAUCAUUAGGACAUAUAUUAGAAAGAAUCUUAUUCAAAAUGUUUGAGUCUAUGAGAAAUGUCAGUAAACAGGGACUGAAGAAGUCCAGAACUCGUCUUUUAACAGUGAAACAGUAAAAUAUCACAAGUCCCUUCACCACAGUGCUGCUCUUAGAUUAAACACUAAACCACCAGUAUGGAGAUAGUGUUGGUGCAAAACUGUAAACUGGAUCAACAAAUGCCCACACAGACGAAGAUAUGUAAAUGUAUUAAAACAUUAAAGGCAAGGCUGGACGCAUGAAGAUUAUCCACGAUAAGCCUGUGAGCCCAAACUCAGGGCAAUCAAACCCAGACUCACACAGUUGUAGAUCAUGAUACCAGUGUUCAUUUUGGCAGCUAUUUUAGUCUUUAGAUGAAAAUAUUUAAUCACUUUUUAACCGCAUUUGAGUUGUUUUUACCCUUUAUAGUUUUAAUAUAGUUUUAGUCAAUUAAAAUUUAUUCAGUUGUUCAUUUUCAUCAAAAAUAUUUUCCCUCUUGAAACCGGCUAAUUUAGCAUAAUUGUAAAAUUUGUGAAACACUUAAAGGGAAGAUAUUGCUGCAAUUCUAAUAUGUUAAGUAGCCUACUUAAACGUGACACUGAUACACUUUAAAUUCAGGAAUUAAACUUGUAGCGGAGUUCUUUCACUGUGUGUCAAAAGCUGCUUUUAAUAUGACUCCUGGUAACAUUUUAGCACAGCAGAGCUACACGUUUAACCGAGUCCCAGUUCAAGAUCUGUGAACACAUUUGUGGAUCUAUUGACACAUUUAAAAACAGUUUUGCACCAAUAGUGUAUCUAUUAAAGUGUAGCAUUUACAGCACAUUAAGGUACCCAGUGCUACAUGCUCGACGUAUCACUUCACACAGGUUAACCAAAGUAUUUGGAGGUAUUCUGCUAAAGCUUUGAUCACUCACAGCUCAGGAGUCCACUCUGCAGUUCUCACUGUGGUUCGACCAGUACAGGCUUUGAACAGCACGUUCUGUUCCAACAUAUUUUAGCUGUAAUGUUCCUGUUGAUGGCAGAGCUUUGGCAACAGUUUAUCAUUUGAUUUAAAAAAAUAAAUAAAAAGAAGGUAAAUCUAUAAUAUAUAAGUAGGUGGACUCAACAAAACAUCCAACAAUCAGAAAUAGACCCCAAAAGGGAAGCCUGUUUAUUGGUCCAACCAUAGCUGUCACGAUCUCAUAGUGAGUGUGAAUAUGUUGAACAAGAAUAUCUCACUAAACGCCUCCAUGCUGCCGACUAAAGGUACAAACUCCACACCUAAAAACAAAACGGCUCACCUUUUUGCCAAGUAGCCAUUAGCUUACUUGAUGAUGCUACAACACAGCUAGAGAGCAGCCAUCAUCACUGCCAGCCUAAAGCAUAUCCACCAGAGGGCGCUACAGAGGCCACACCCACACAGGAGGGGAGGGGGGGGGGGGGGGGACAGACUAAUGCAAUUCAGAACCGUGCCUUGACUAAGUGUUGUUACUGAUGCCGUGUCUGUGAGUCCAGCACAGCCUCAUAAAGGCUUCAAUCAUAUGAAUGCAUCUGUGUUUGUGUUGCUGAGCUGUGAUGCAGUUUUCUAACACAUUAAAGGGACGACUGCCUUUAGGAUCAUUACAGGCAGAUGUGAGAUCAGAAGGCCCUGAGUGCAGUGGGGAUCAGCCGGGUAACUUUUAUUAUUUGAACUCUUGAGUCUACAAGACUCUUUUACACGUCCAGGAGCUCUGGAGGAUUUUAAUGGUGUCACAGAAAAUAACUUUGAACUAUGGUUGUGGAAUACGGACUGAAAAAAAACUUAUUAUUAUUAUUAUUUCAGCAGAUCUGAUAUUGAUUUGAAACUGCAAAUAAUGUUUACUGCUUCUCCAGAUGUUUUUCAGACUUAAUCAUAUAAUACAGUUAGUGUGAGGGGAGGGGGAACUGAGGAGAAAUCCUGUGUUAUGUGGGAAUCAGAGAAGCUCUGGGAGUACAGUAGAUCAUUAAUGUAAAUAAAACUUAAACAUUUAAACCCUGUCUUAGGUAUAAAAUUGAUAAAACUGAUUCAUAAUUGGCUGUUCCCUAAAAGCGGCAACUCGGGGCAUUGAUUUCCAAACAUGUGGAGGAUCAGUAGUUGGUGUUGGCCUCUUCAAAGCUACUAUUUGUUGCAUUAUGGGAAAUGUAGUAGGUUUGCCAUCAAAGGUUCUUCACAAUUGACUACUUAAGCCGCAAGUUUUCCCAAAAAUCGCUUUAUUAACAUUUCCAAGAUUUACCUUUAAAUCAGACAUACAGAAAAAAAAAAAGUUGAAUAUUUUGUACAUUCACUGAUGAAGAGAUAACUUUUCCUAACUUGGUUUGCUGAUGCCUGUUGGUACUGUAAAAAAAAUUUGGUGAUUUGAGACAAAAUAACUUCUUGAAAUGAGUUGUAAAGUCAUUUAUUUUUUGGAUGAGACGUUAUUAUUGGUUAAAGUUGGCAGCCUAACGUCUGCACAACCUUUUAAUAGAACACCAGACCUCUGAUAAAAUCACACAAAUGUCCCCCUCAGGUUAAGAUCCCCACUGUGACCUGAGGCCUGCAUGCAUGAGAACAGAUAAAGAAAUCUUCAGCUUUAACAGACUCUAUGUGACGGGGGGGCUCGCCUGGCCUCUUUAACAUAUCGAUCAUCAUCACAUUGUGACUCUAUUGAUCAGUUUGUAGGUAACACAUGCAGGAUGCUUUUUUCUGUGUAUCUUUUUUGUUGUUGUUGUAGGAGCAGAGGAGAAAGUACGCUGUGAUUAUUGGAGCAUGUGGAACUGUUGUUUGGUUUCAUGUGUCGGUACAGUGAUGAUGAUAAUUUAUGGUUGUGGUGCCUGAGAUAGUGACAAGUUUACUUAAAAAAAAAAAGAAAAAAGGCAACUAGUGAUAAAAGACCUUAAUAUAUUCUGUCCCCUUGCCUUUAAUUUCUCUGCACAGUGUGCAAACCAAACUAUUCAACACUGGCAGGGCUGUUAAAUCAUGUCUGUUGAUAGUAGGUGGUGUGUACGUUACUGUCGUUAUCUAUGUUAGAAAGAGAGGAAGCUAAAUAUACUGUAAAGAGGAUGCCUGAAUGAUUAAAUAUUACUAUAGAAAUCUAACAGUAUUGUAUGGAAAGAAGUACAAUUUUUACUUAUUUUUGUCAUUUUAGAAAUUUUAUUGUCACCCGGUUACAAAUUGUACAGUAGUGAUGAAUCAAUCUACUUUUUUUAAUGGUACAGCAGAACACACACACACACACAAACACACACAGAAUAAAUCACCCAGCACUCAUUAAACUUUGAUUUUUUUUUUCUUCUAGACAGUAGAUCCUGUUUCACACAAACACAUUCAUAAUCAAUACUCGGACCAUACUGUGUUAUUGGUACCCGCGUGUCUCAUGUGUUGCUUUCACAUAUGAAUUAUAUGGAUUUUGUUGAAUCUAUUAAAAAUGAACUGUUACAAGA